CGCUCAGCCCGGACGCCAGCGCUCAGCCCGCGCCGCGCGGGGUGCCUGUCGGGACAGCCAUGGCUACUUUCCGCUUGGCCCUCAUCCAGCUUCACAUUUCUUCCAUCAAAUCAGAAAACGUCACUCGAGCCUGUAGCCUCAUCCGGGAGGCAGCAGCGCAAGGAGCCAAAAUCGUUUCUUUGCCGGAAUGCUUUAAUUCUCCAUAUGGAGUGAAAUAUUUUCCUGAAUAUGCAGAGAAAAUUCCUGGUGAAUCCACACAGAAGCUUUCUGAAGUAGCAAAGGAAUGCAGCAUAUAUCUGAUUGGAGGCUCUAUCCCUGAAGAGGAUGCUGGGAAAUUAUAUAACACCUGUACUGUGUUUGGGCCUGAUGGAACUUUACUGGCAAAGUACAGAAAGAUCCAUCUGUUUGACAUUGAUGUUCCUGGGAAAAUUACAUUUCAAGAAUCUAAAACAUUGAGUCCGGGUGAUAGUUUCUCUACAUUUGAUACUCCUUACUGCAGAGUGGGUCUGGGCAUCUGCUAUGACAUGCGGUUUGCAGAGCUUGCACAGAUCUACACACAGAGAGGCUGCCAGCUGUUGGUAUAUCCAGGAGCUUUCAAUCUGACCACUGGACCAGCCCAUUGGGAGUUGCUUCAGCGAGGCAGAGCUGUUGACAAUCAGGUGUAUGUGGCCACAGCCUCACCUGCCCGGGAUGACGAAGCCUCCUAUGUUGCCUGGGGACACAGCACCGUGGUGAACCCUUGGGGCGAGGUCUUAGCCAAAGCGGGCACAGAAGAAACAAUCGUGUAUUCAGACAUAGACCUGAAGAAGCUGGCUGAAAUACGCCAGCAAAUCCCCAUUUUUAGACAGAAGCGAUCAGACCUGUAUGCAGUGGAGAUGAAAAAGCCCUAAAGUUUCUGUUUGUAAUGUGUCAGAACUGGAAGAUAUGAUCCUUCAACAUAAUCAACUCCCCAUUAAAAUCUUUAAUGAAGAUUUUUUUCUUUAAA